AUCAGAUAUUCCACUCGCCGAGUAUACGAGCCAAUAGUGUUCGUUGGUGUUUGUGCGGGCGCGAUUAGCCGGUCUUUCCCUCGUCUUGAUCGACCACUGAAGUCAUUUGUCUGUAAAUCUCGCUUCUCUCGCUCCGUAUCGGUCUCUGUCGGUCAUCCUACUACGGUGACGUCGUAACCGUCGGUGCUUCUUCGAUGAUAAGCACGUGUGCGUGCCACUACCUGCUGCGUGUACGUGCGUGCGUUAGAAUCGCGAGCCGCGUAUCGGCGUGCAGUUAGUGACCGGGCUCCGUUACCAUCUAAGUCCUGCGUAUACGAAUAUAGCAAAUCAGAGUUUUGUUGUUUGUUUAUAUCUUCUUGUUGGUUUCGUUUGGUUCGAAGGAGUCGGUUUCUUUUUUUGUGCCGAAGCCAGUUACGAACGGAUCACCGGCGUAACCAUGGAUAUCCUGCCGAGUGGGAACAUAUUUAGGGAGUUGCAAGAUAUACACGACACCGGAUACUUUUCGGCCCAGCCAUCGCUCGAGGAUCAUUGGCAACAGGUAAGCGCUAAUUUUCACCGGUUUGGCUAUUCUCUGCCAGUGUUUUCCGCAAUGGCCGCCCCAGGGAGUUGGUCAGGCAACGAGGAGUAGCGGAUAAGAGGACGGCGGGAAUCGCAGACAUGCUACGAGAUGGAGAGGUACCUGAAGGACGAGCCGAAGCUGCAGUCGUACAAAAAGUUGCCCACAGAGUUAGAUACGGCACCCUGGAACCUCUUCAGGGCGCCGCCUAUCUCGUGGACAGCGUCCACCGGCACCACCAACGCACAAUUCGAAUCGCCAAUCAAAAUGGAGGUGACGACGUCGUCGGAAGACAGGGAAACGCUCUGUCUGGACGAUAUAAAGUUCAGUCCAGGCGAUCACAACCACAACGGCCGCGAUAGGGAUCUCCUGGACCGGCACCUUGAUUCCUUGUCGAUGUCGUCAUCGAGUUCGGCGUGUUCGGCACUGUCCUGGGAUAGUUCGCCCUCCGUUUCGUGCACGGCGUUUAUUCUCAAGAAAGAACCCAGCGAGGACCUCGAAGAGGACGAGGAACACGAGGAAAUCGAGGAGGAAGAGGAUAGCGGCUGCGAAAGCGAAGGUCAAAUCCUGACACCACCGUCGAGCCCGGGCUCGGGUCAAGGUCAUUCCAACUCCAGUCACUCGUCGAGCGGGAGUUCGAUGCUCGAUGUGCAGAACCUCAACCUUCAUGGGACGGGCGGCAGGAGCGCCAUCGUCAGGGUUACCACCAGCAACGCGCAGGGUGUCGCAAGACUGAUCUCCGUCACAGCGAAUGGUUACCCCGCAGUUGCUGGCACGCAACAUGCACACGCAGGGACAACUGCAGCUGCGAGCACCGUAGCUAACAGGCACCACGCGAGGAGCCACGAGCACAGUCCACCUGAUACGAAGCGCAGGAUACACAAAUGCCAAUUUCCGGGUUGCAAGAAGGUAUAUACCAAGAGCUCGCAUCUGAAAGCCCAUCAGAGGACGCACACAGGAGAGAAGCCGUAUAAGUGCAGCUGGGAGGGUUGCGAGUGGCGAUUCGCGCGUUCCGACGAGCUGACGCGCCACUAUCGCAAGCACACUGGCGCGAAACCGUUCAAGUGUCGGCAUUGCGACCGAUGCUUCUCUCGCAGCGAUCAUCUAGCCCUCCAUAUGAAGAGACACGUGUAAUCGAUCGUCAUAGAGAACGGUCCUCAACGCGCGGAACAGUCCAGGACCGGCAGACGAAGCUCCUUCCUUCCCGAGGAUUCCCGAGGCCGUCGAGCAACACGGCCUCCACGUGAUUGCGUUUUUUCCACAGAUACCUGACGAUUCACAUCGAACUCGAUCACCGACGAUCGACCGCUACGAUGGCCCUCAAUUUGGCCACGAUUUUCGUCGGAGUAAUACGAUCGCAAGAUAUUCUGCGGGCUUUGAUACUGUCUAUAAGAGGGAAUCGAUGAUGAGCGAGACGAUCGGUGAAGAACGGCCACUUCUGGUGGCGAUUAUCCAUUAGAACGGACAACAAUCGAUCGACGAACGAUAAACGAUCGGUUUUGAACCGUGUCGUUGAGAUUAUAGAUUCAAGACACUUCGUAGGUUGACGAUUGCAAUUGGAAAUCGCAAUCGGAAAAACAGGUAGACGCGCGUUCCUCUGUUCUUCGAGGCAAUUCGUUUAGACUAAAAGGCGAGGAGUAGAGACAGGAAGAAGGUCUGAUGACAUUUACUACGCGAGAAACGCUUGCACUAGAGACAGCAGGUGGGUCGACAACGAUCAGAUGCGGAUUAGACUGGUAUUGUUGAUGCGAUUAGACGGAGCCACCGGGGCGAGCAGCUGGAAGACAACGCGCUACGAGUCUCGUCCCGGGAAGUUAAUCACUGCCAAUUCAUUAAAUUGUAAGAUCGGCGCGUGUACCGUCGGAGAUAUAGCCUACGCGAAUGGCUGCUUCGGAGUCAGAGGAAGUUUAUCGAACGAGCGAAAUUGUCCGGCGACAGCGGUGUACAGUUCGUGUGUGAACCCUUGUAAGCCGUCUGCCUUCCGUAAAACGGUCGAAUUCCAGAAACCGAAACUUUAACUAACGCAAAAAAAAGAGAAAGAAGAAACGAUAAUUAAGAUAAAUUAAAAUAGUAAAAGAAUAAUGAUAAAAGAAACCUGAUAAAAGGAUGAAACGUAGCGCACACAGUUUGAGAAACACCGAUCUGACGAUGUUUCAAAGGCGUCGCGUUUAGAUUCGAACGAAAGUCAAGGAAACCCGGUUCGCGAGGACAAUAAUACGCUGUCUAUCGGUGCCAAAACGUUAUUUCCUUUCUCUUUCAUUUACCCUCUUCUUUCUUACACGUAUACACAGAGAAAACCAUAUAUAUUACACGUAUACACGCGUACUAUGCUUCUCCCUCUUAUAUCCCAAUGAAUGGGGGCCACGGGAAAAGCAGUUGGUGGGUGGGAAACGUGCACGACGCUUUUGAGCUUCGAUCCUUCGACGGGUGGCAAUAAUCGAAAUUGUAUUCGCGACCCGGUGGAACGCGGAACCGUGUCACACGGAGGUGUGUUGUAAGGGGGCGGCGGAUGAGGGCACGAAGCGAGAGGACGAACCGUAAUUGAAUACGUGAUUUCGGCCAGUUUCGACGGAGGCAAAGUUUACCCGUGCCGUGCGCUAAUCCCAAAUUUACAGUGCGAAUUAUAUCGCGAGGCACCUCCAUUCGACCGAUGAUCCGGUUCGCCGCCCUUUCGUCCUUUUACCAUAGCCUCGUUUCCACCGGGAGCUUGUGCGAAUGAUACCGAUAUAUACGAUAGACGAGAAAAAAAAAAAAAGAACGCUAGAAUGAUCCUAUUCAACGAUAGAUUCGACCGUUUUACUCAUCGAGAAUAUUCACGAGUGAUUUUUAAGGAAGAAAGAAUCGCGUACAACCCUCGAACACCGGUUCGAGGGUACUUUUUUCCUUAAAAAAGAAUUCGACCGAACGGGGCUUCUUUCGUAGUGGCGCGCGUCCUAUGGUUUUUAACGAAAAUAAGUGGAGAAAAAAAAGUAUAUACGGAAUCUGACUUUGUACUUUUGUACGAUUGCUUUCUAGGUAACGUUCUCCUGUUUUGUUUCACGCGUAACCGCGCGACGUAUGGACGGGGGUGGCGACGCGUCCCGGCGCGGCGGGCAAGAUUCUUGUCGGAGGCUCAACAGAAAUAAAUGAUAUAUAUAUAUUUUUUAAUAUUCUCGUCUUACUCACUGAAACAAUAUAUUGUUAUACAUAAGGGAUUAUACAAAGUAUAAACGGGCAACAUUCCGCACAAAGCUCUAGAACCGUUUCCACGCGUCAGACUCACCCGCCGAGCACGCCACCCCCUCUCGUACGCACGCAAAACCCGGAUGGCAGACGGCGCUCGCAGUUCACCUCGACUAUGCGUGUCCCGGGAACACUAUGAUCUUCCGGUCGAUAUGCAACGUUGUCUCGCUAAUCAUCGAUUUCCGUGCGGACAAACGGGAUCGAAAUCACGUAGGGAAAUGACAGUGGAGGGGAAUAUAAAUGGAAACGCAAAAAGGAGGAACGAGAAAAAAGAGGGGAAAGAGAAACUAGAGAAACGUAACGAAAAAUGAAAGAAAAGAAAAACGUUGACGAGGGGUAACGCAAAUUAGUUACUUGAAAUAAAAAUGUGAAUUGUAUCCGUGGACUGAACGAACGAAGGAUCGCAGAUCGCUCAUCGAACGAAUGGUGAACAAAAUAGAGUAGUAAAAGCGAUUAAGAAAGAAAUUAAAAAAGAAAAUAGAGUAAUAACGUAAAACGAUUAAAUAUGAAUGGAGUAAGAGAAACAGAACGUGAGGGCAAGGAGUUUACCGCUUAAGAAGACUAAUCUUACCUGAAAGCGCGGAACGGCGCAAAGAGCGGCCGAACUGGCGGGCGAAACGAAGAUUUAAAGGGAAAGAAUAAAAAAAAAGAAACUAAAUUUUAAAUGUUCAGUGGCCAAAUAAAUUAACUGAUAACGCACGUAGAACGUAACGAUACCGUACCUACCAAGUAAGCCUGACUGAUAUGAGAGCGUCGACGCGGUUCGCGCGCGUGUGGUUGCGUAUGUAUGUAUGCGCGUUAUUCGAUGUCUGUGGCACCUGUGUAUUUCUUCUUUUCUCUAUAAUAUUUUUUUCCUUCUUUCUUUGCGUCAAUUUGCGUGAGUGUGUCAAGGAGGUGUGUACGCUUGAGUGACCACAUUUCUUUUUCCUCGCGAGAAUGUGUUCCAAAAACGAUUUCGGGGGUUGUAGAAAGGUAUAAGCUGUGACGAGGAUUUUCAAAGAAAACGAACAUGCAUAGGGAAAGAGAGUGAGAAAGAGCGAGAGAAAGACACAAACGAAUCCAACACAGGGAGAAAGCAUAAAAAAAAGUAAGGAGAAGAAAAGGUAGAGUAUGCGUGUGAGAGAGAAAGUGUGAGAAAAAGAGUGUGAGAGCAGAACACUAAGUUUGUAUAUUGUGCAAUUUUUGUCAGUGUUUCAUUAUUUGUUACCAUGUUCACGGAUAAUUAUAAAUAAAGUAAAUAUAUAUAUGCAGCAUUUACAAGGACUUAGGAUAAACGAAGAUAAACGAGAAGCCAGAUGUCUUUUUGAUAGCCAUAUACUGCGAGGUAUCGCGCGGCGCCCCGAUACAGAGGACGCCCCGACCGCUCUUUUUUCUCGAUACACAUUUUUUCUUUUUCCUUUGUCUCUGAUAGGGCGAGAGUGGCGAGAACGAGGAUACGAAAAACGGUGCUCGUCGCUCGGUCACGACGCUCCUCUCGUUACAUACACGAACCCGUCGUCCGGAUCGUUCGCAACCCCCCAACGAUCAAACGAGCCCGCGUUUCGCUCGAUCCUCUCGCUCCUCGAGAUCGGAAAAUCUCGAAACGAUUCGUACCAUCUUCUCUCUUCGCGGGCUCUCCGCUUCGUGUAUCUAGCGCGACUGAGAAGCUUUCUCGACCUGCGACCGACGGCGACUUUAACCACGAGGAGUAGAGGAAAAAGAUGGGGUAGGAGACGGAACGAUCGAGUCGUAAUGAUCGGACCUCGCGAUCGCGACGAGCGUUUCGCGCGUUUCCAUCCCGGCGACCAACGAAACACUGUAGAUAUAAAUACACGUACAUUAAUAUAAUACGUAACGAAGGAUCGCACGCGAAUGAAAAGAUCCGCGUUUGUUUCAAACUCGAGCAAUGCGAAGCAAGCGUAUAAUGGAUGAAAAGGGUCGAUAUAGAGAAGAUUAGGAAAGACAGAUGAUACAGGUGUAAUUAAAAGAGAGAAACGAUAAGUCGAGCGAGUGAAGAUAAGGCGAGAGAAAGCGGGCACCUUAAGAAAACUAAUAAAUGGUAGUUAGAAGUUUAGAUAGAUGGAUAGCUAGAACGUUAGAUAGACACCUUAGAUAGGCAGAUAAAUAGUUCGACGAAGAGAGGAAAGGCGGAACGAAAAAGAAAGAAUGAAAGAUCGGGGUGAAUUGGGGACGGGUGGGAGGGGGGAUUUAAAAGAGUUAUUAUAUAUAAAUGAAUAAAAAAAGUCUAUAAAUAUAGAUAGGUGGAUAUACAUAGAUAGAGAUGUAAGUACCUAAGAGAAACUCUAAGGAAUCUUUUAGAAGAUACUGUAUCGUUGUACGAGGUACAAUAGAUGGACAUAAGUGUUUUAUGAUACUUGCGUACAAUAAGGUCGAGACGAAGCGUGAGGAAUAUAGUGUAUAAGAAGAUGGUGAAAACGGUGAAGAAAAAAGAAAUAUUCCAACGAGCAUGGGCACGAAGAGCGUACAUGAAUACCGAGCAGUUCACGAAAAGAAAGAAGAAUAGGGAAGAAAGGGGAAGAAAGGCAGACAGAUGCGGCACGAUUCGUAAUUGUCUUAAUUGUGGUCUGAAAUAUUUUCAGUCAUGUUGUAUAGUAACUCUGUGAAUUGCAGGAUUUUACGUGAAAGCGAGGAAGACCGUGAGUGACAGAGAGCCGGCGUGAAUGGAUGAGUGUCGGGGGAGAAAGCGUUCGAAUGAAAAUGGAAGGUAGAAAAGAGAAACGACGUGAGAAACAGACGCGACCGAAGGACGUAAGGGAUAAAAAAGGAACAGCACGAACAAAAUGGGAUAAGAUCUAUUUUAGGAAGAAACAGGCGAGGACUCUUCGUUUAAAUUCAAUUCGACGCGUUCGAUUUUUACCGUUCGUGUCGUCGAACAGGUAUCGUAAAAUAGGAGAAGAGAAAAAACGGGAAGAAUACGAUGAAAAAUAGGGCAUGUGUAACAUUCAAUACACUAAGAAACGAACUGAUUAAAGAACUAACGUUAUUUUUAGGAAAUUACAGCUUUAGAAGAGAUUUAAGUAAAUAGCGAGGGAAAAGGUGGUUAGGCUAAGUGCUAAGGGUAAUUUAGUUUCGCGUGUUGAAGCUUUUCUGUGUGAGUAUAGAAGCGAAAGAGCGGGAGAGAGAGCGAGAGAAAGAGAGAUAGAGAAGGGGAAGCACGAGGGGCAAAAAUUGCGAGAAAGAAGAAGAGAAAGUGUUGAAAGAAGAAAGACGAAAUAAAACUAAGCAGAGAAAUGUGGGAGGGAUCGAAGCAUGCUUAUGAGAGGGUGGGGAAGAGAGAUACCUAUAUUUUAAAAAAGUGACCUUUGGCAUUUAAAGACUUGUAAAAAUCAUGCAACGAGUUAAUUGAAACAAAGAACAAUAUCAAAGAAAACAAAGAAAAAUAUCACAGGGGGCGCAGCGUAUUAAGGGGCGUCCGUCCUUCUCCGCGUCUCUAAUUUCAUCUCACACGAAUAUGCACCCAUACAUUAAGAUAUCACACACGUACGAACUAAUACAAACGUAAGCACAUCUGCAAGGAGAAUAUAUCCUAAGAAUCAGCCAAAGUUCAACGCGAACAAGGCGAUCGGAUAAACGUUUAUCUCUUCGUAUACCGACAGAAAAACGACAAGACGCGGUUCAUGACACACUAAUAGCGACACGAGUCUCUCGAUACCACCGAUAACACACGGUGCACACCGAUGAAAAAAAGGUAACAACGGAAAACGCAAAUUUACACAUGCACAUACCAGAAAACACAAACACACACGCUCAUGGAAAUAUUGGGAAAGGAAAGAAUAGCAUCGUUGUCUACCCACUACACGUUAUGUACGUACGCGUGUCUCGAUCUCGAUGCGACACAAGUGCGGGAAAAAAAAACAGAAGGGUAAAGAAGGACGGAAAAGGAACGCGGAAAGGGAUAACAUACCAACAAGAGUUCUUGGCGGAAAAAAAAAGGCGAGAGCAAAGAAAUUCGGUUACAACGCAUAGGGUAUAUGAGAGGGAAAACAUGGGAUGGUAGGGAGGCGAACAAUGCAUUCCGAUAAAAAAAUCGCUUUUCACGAGGUACACGAGAACCGACGAAUCACAGGAAAGUCGGGCUGCCUCCAGGCCUAACUGAAAAGGAACCGAACGAUUUCGGUCAUGACUCUAUCUUCGAGGUACUCGCCGCGAGAACGAAUCGCCUCUCGUCCAUUGGGACGCGAUUCCCCUGGAACAGCCUGGUUGUUUAAUCUCCAAUGAGCCGUAGAAAAAAAAAAUAGAAAAGAAUAAAACUGCAGAAUGGGAAAGGAAAGAAAAAGAAGCAGGUAGUGGCUCGACGGUUGUUCCCUAAGGGGUAGAAGAAGGUGUAUCUCGUGGCGCGAGCCAGAAAUUGACUUCGAAAAUGGAAAACAGUCACUGCAUAGUCACUAUCGUCAUCCAACACAAUUCAUGGUAGGGUAUAAUAGUAUUUUUAGGGAUUUUAUACAGACAUGCGACCGUGCUCUAUGUUUUAAUCACGAUUAACUGUCGAUCAUUGACGUUUCUUCUUGUACGUAAAACGAACACGGUGUUUCUAGAUGUAUUAAUAAUUGCAUUAUACAUUGCAGUGAAGAGUGAAAGGCGAACGCUUGAACGAAUAAAUAUAUCUUACGUGAAAUUGUGCGAUUCUAUUGUGACGAAAGGGGAUCGAGCGAAAGACCGAGAAUUUUCGUGCGAGCGAGUCUAAUUUUUUUCUGGAAUUCUGUACCUCGUUGUGUAUACAUCUCUAUUUGUAUAAUUGUGAAUAUUAACAUAUUAGGAUAAUGUGAUUUAUUACGUGUGAUCCUGCGCGUAAAAAGACGUGGAGAAACUUUAAGCGAGUAUUUUGUAUUACGACAAAGCGGAACGCAAACUAAAGAUACAAAAAAAAGAGGAGAAAAAUUGCGAAACUAAUGCGUGCGAUAGAGAGGCAGAGGGCAAGUAAAUCGAAGACAGAUAGAGAGAACGGGAUUAAGCGAAUAAAGAGUCUUGUAAUCGCAGCUUUUUUUGCCGCUGGGGAAUAUAAUUGUAAUAAACGAAGAAUGCGCUUGCGCAGCCGUCGCUCCUUUCUCUCAGCGUUAUUUCUUCCUGUUUGUCUUCUUCUUCUUCUUCUUCAUCUUCUUCUAUUAACGCUGUGUUGUGUACUAAUUCUUCGUUCCCUCACCGAGGUGAUAGAUAAUCCCGGAACCACGAAAUUAUUCUACAGAUCGCUAAGAACUGAAAGAAUAGAAAAAAAUUUCGCUGUACGAUAUUAAAAUAUAACAUUUUGCAAUUGAUAUCCAAGGAUAUUCGAAAUAUCGAAAUAUUUCGUCAACUCGAGCACUUUCGAACGAAAACAGGCAGUAGUCUGGCUCUAUAUCAGCUCGUUCCGGAGGCUAUCGAUCACCUCGUUGAGAAAACAUCCCUCGACACCGCUCUUCUUGAGGCUGUCCAGCGAAGUUUGAUGCAGGGAUACGUCAAGCUACCCCCAAGGCCCGUGAAAACAUCCGCUCUUGUAUUUCAUGGGCUGCCGUAUAAACAACGCAUACGAGCGUGCACCAAAGCGCGCUACGAUUCGAGCAGGCUGCGUGUGGACGCUCGGGAGAACGUAUAGAUGCGCGUGUUUCGAUCGAAGCGCGAUUAAGCGCGCUACACGAUUUUUAAAUUUAGGCGGGAUCGACGAGUAUAGAGGUCGGCCAGAAAGGAGUCUCGUCGUUCGAACAGUCUCGACGAUCGUUCGAGGAUUAAAUACCGAGCGAGUUGUAUUGUAUACGAUUAUUAAGAAUCUAUCCUACGAUGACUCGUUAAAAGAAAGAUAAAAUAAAAGAAUACAGAAUAUAAAAAGAAAAAGAAGGAAAAGCGAGCGAGAGUAAUGCAGAGAAAAACAGAAAAAACCAAAAAAAAGAAAGGAAAAGAAAAUUUAGAUAAACAAAUAUAACGGACUAAAAUAGUAAGAAAACCAAGUAAGACGAGGAAAAUAAAAGAAAAAAGAAGCAGAGAACAUCCUUCCAAAGUACCGGGACUAAUUUACACGCCACGACUUCCAACAGUCGAGAGCUUCGCGCUGACUUGAAAAACUCUCGAAGGCUCGACUCGUCUUGUACAACGGAAUUAGCGAGUACUCGUGUAACGAGACUAGUAGGUGAUCACAUGUGAUAUUUGUAUUGGUUAUUAUUAUAUAUAAAUAUAUUAUAUAUAUUAUAAAUAUAAAUGUAAAUGUAUAAUUAGAGUAUUCCGUUAGGAUUACCGCUAGUAGUUAGGCGGGAAGGAAAGGAGGAGCGUGAAAUGAACGAUCGAGAAAAGAAGAAAAAGGGAAAGAAAGCGUACAGGAUAACGAACGAUGCGCAAAACGUGAAAACAAUCUCCUUUCGAGAAUCAACGCCUAAUUGCUCUUUACGCAGGCCUACUUGCCGAUUCUAAAGGAACACUCGAGAUUCGACGAGGAAAUAGAGCUACGGCACAAAAACCUCGCGAUCGUUCGCGGGAAUAACGAACAGAGAGACUCGCCUCGAAACCUUUCGACACGAGAUUUUGUAAUUUUCCAUCACGUCCGACAGCAACUCGAGAUUUCGUCGAGAAAAGAAUCGAAAUUGUGCACCGUGUACCGGAUCGUUCGAGAAGGUCACAGAGGAAUACCGAUCAGUUGCGUCCUACAAUCGACUGACAUCUACUCGUGUUUCCCUGAAAUUCUCCUUUUAAGAGUUACUACUUCUCCGUCGAUCCCUGUGUAAUAGUAUUCAUAGAGGUUUGAUUUCUUGUCUCCGAAAGAUUGUCGAACUUGAAUUCUGAAUUCAGGUGGUUAGAACAAUCCUCGGACUUCUAUUGAUAUCGAUAAGAUUGUAUCUGGAAAUGAAUUUGAAAAUUGCUACUUUUUCGUGUCGUUGUCUGAUAGACAUUUACAUGCUAAAAGCGUGCUGUGGUAGAUGUAAAGGUAGCACUUUUCAUAUGAUGAUUCUGAGUAACCUGGAAGGUUUGAAGCGAACAUCUAUGGAUACUAGAGACCCUAUCAAAAUAGGAAGCCCCACAGAUUGGGUACGAAAACAAGCCACAAAGGACUGGUCGAAAGAUAAAACGAGCCAAACUGCUAGUUUGUCCUUUGUGCGUUUAAUUCUUUCCUUUCUUCUUCUUCUGCUUCUUCUUAUUGUUGGUCUUCUUGGUUCUCUCUGGUCGUUUUUAGCUUUGAGAUAAAAAAGCAGAUACUGUGAAAAAGAUGAAAUUAUUAUUCGAACCCUCAAUUUCGUAGAAAAACCUUCGAUGAUUGAUCGUUGAGACAAACGAACAGAGAGCUGGGGAGACUCGUGUACGAGAGAAAGAUCGCGACUGCGUGCACGUGCGUGAAGAACAAAGAUGUACAAAGAAGCUAAAGACCGCGAAGAUGUAUGGUGUACCGAAUGCAUGAGUGAACAAAGUGUAAUGUCUCGUGAAGGCGACGUGCCGUGAAUCGAGGUAGAUUAUCGAGUCGAUGGAUUAUCGGGUGGGGUAGUGUACGAAAAGCUGAAAAUCGAAAGAGAAAAAAGAACGCGAUGAAUGUACGUGCGAAUUGCAAAUUCUUAGGAAUCACUUCGUGCAGAAAUUUUUAUGUGAAUUAUUUAAUCUAAUCGCAGAGAGCCUUAAUUGCUAUCCUUAUAUCAUUGAUAUCGCCGCUAUGAUUAAUAUCGUAAGAGCUGUACUACCGCAUUGUUCUUGAUCUUUUAACGUUACCCUUGAUUUUAUUCCUUCAUCAUGUACAAAGGCGAAACCAAGAGCAAACCGCGAGCGAGCUGAACGAGCAAAAAAGUUCCAUGAAUCGCUAACUUCGGGAGGAACUCGGAGUGCAUCGAUUCGUAAAACGAGGCACACUAUGUAACGCGAUCCAUAUCCAUCGAUCGAGAAACGAAUAUUGGUGGAUGCGGAGGAUGGCUCGACGAGCGUCGACGAGAUAACGUUCUUCCUGCGUACCUUUGCGAUCGGAACCUUUUAACUCGAUGUGUGCACGAAAUUGCUGCGACGAUCGAUGGGAAACGCGACAGGGAAUCAUAGGAUGCGUGUCGAUCGAGCCGAGAGGGGCUGAGAAAAUAUUUAGGGAAGCGCUUUCAAUGCUACCGUUGCCCGGUCGACCAGGACGCAACUUUACUUUUAUUAUUUUCACAAACCUUCUGGGUUCGUUUCGCGCGCUCUUCGCCCCUUCGGAACUUGUCUAACAUACUUUCCUCGAUCGUUCUCGAUCGCAAACGUAUCUUGUUCAAUGCGAUUCCCAUCGAUUUAUAAUUGUUGUCUACCUAGAGAUGAUUUUUUGCGUUAACGAACGAUUAACGCAUGCUUCUUUAUUCGGCUAACGGAGCGACCGGGCCGGCCGCGCUUUGUAAAUAAUUCAAUUAAUAAACAAAUUUCUCAUCGUGUG